AUGCGUCUCUUGUCGGUCUUGAUCACCAUCUGUUGUCUGACGCAGUCCUGGGCACUCCAUUCUUCGGAAGCCGGAAUUGUCGACUGGCAUAAGCCUCUCGUCGGUGUGCCCCUUUAUAGUACCUUGUCCACGGCGCCAGCGUUUCACAGAAUCAGCGAAGCGGAUGGGCGGACGCAUAGCGUCGUCUUGACUGCGACGGCCAGCAACGUCCUUGCAGCUCUGGAUCCAGUUGAUGGCACAAUAGCGUGGAGACACAUAUUUGAGGCCAACGAGCACGUCAUUGCCUAUAAGCAGCAUGGAAAUGUCGUUGCCACCGUGUCUGGCUCUGGCGGAGCAACAUUACGCCUGCUAGAUGCAACCACAGGGCAUCUCCUAGUCGAGCGUUGCUUCCACAAGCUGGAGGCUGGUCGCCUGUUCGAACCGGAGACACUCGGCACGGCCCUCGCCUUCGACAAUGAGGAGAAUGGCGACACGUAUGUCCUCUCGAAUGCGCAUAUUCUUCGCCGUACGAACGCAAAAACCGGCGAAGUGGUAUGGGGUUGGAGUGCCCCCGAUCAGGCAUCGCUCGUCGCUUAUUCGAGACUCAUCGCAACGUCAUCGACUGUAUAUGUUGUCGGCCUUGCGAAGUCAUUUACGUCGUACACGCUACAUGUGUCAGCGGUCUCCGCUAAGACCGGGGAGUUCAUCACGUCCAUUGACGUUCCCUCCAGUAUCACCAACGGCCUCACGGACUUCUUUGUUCUGGCUAGCAACAAGCACCCACAGGUCAAGCCGCGCAUCAUGUGGCUUGAAGGCGGCGCAAUCAAGUCAUUUCCCCUCACUCCCGAGUUAAAGGAGACGCCGAUGAUGAUCAAGGGCGCAGAGUAUCACAAGAUCGUGGACGUGGGGUUGUCUGAGCAUGGGCAGUUCGUUGCGAUCAAGGAGGAUGGUGCUGGUCGUGUCAUACGCCUUGGCGAGGACGGAGUGAAGGUCAUCUGGGAGUUUGCUGAGUCGGCAACAUCGAAGCAAUACACAGAGUCAAUAUACAGCGGUGGGCUGGACAAGGACGGUUGGCCGUACAUAGCCCGCGUUUACUGGUCUCACAUUUCGAAGAAAGCCUCUGCGCACAUUCUCGCAGCCCACCUUGCUGACGGGAAGGGCCUUGUUACUGGUUUCACGUUACCAUUCCAAACUAGCGACCACGGUGUGAUCACUCAUGUCGCAGUUGACAUAGCGAAUCCCGAAGAGUUUAAGGUGCUUGCGCGGCUAUUCCUCACGACGAGCACUGGGGCCGUGCAGCUGUGGCAGCAGAACGAGCUGCAGUGGAGCCGCGAAGAGGGUCUGGCCGAGAUUAAGGUCGCAGAGCUCGUAGAGCUGCCAGAAAAGCAGGUCGUUACCGCCCACGCUGGAGAGGAUGAGCCAGUCGGAGAACGACUGGUGCGCCAGCUUUCUGAUGCCAGGGACUUCCCGCAGUACGCCCUAAAUUUCGCAAGGCGGUUUGUAACAGGCUCCUACGCGUCAGUCUCCUCGUCAGUCGCACCGUCCGCCAAUGCGUCAGAACCGCUGGCACGAGAUGAGUUCGGUUUCAGGAAGGUGAUCAUCGCGGUCACGGCGCGCAGCAAGAUCUAUGGGAUUGAUUCUGCGAAUGGCGAAGUCCUUUGGAGUAGGGUAUUCGGCCUGGGGUGGGCGGCAGAGGUUGGCGGGCAUAUCAUCCCGGUGAAGAUUUUCGUGACGCGUACGGUCAAUGACGGGGGUGCGCCAGAGGUGGUGCUUGUCACGCAGCGCAAAGCAAGCAACAGCCUCGUUGAUACGGUAAUCUUCCAUGUGAACCCGUUGACGGGUGAAGACGUCAGGGAUCCAACAUCUCCAAGAGAUGGUCUCCUCCAAGGUUUAGACGUCAUUGCUGGUCCGUUAGUCGAAACGUACAUGUUGCAAUUGGGACCUUCAAACGUUGUUGUCCUGCUGGAUGAGUUUGUGCAGGUUCACCUGUACCCAAACACUGACGAAAUCCGAGAUGCGUUCGUCAAGGCUCUACCGUCCAUAUAUCUACCGCUGCGGACUGGUCCACCAAAGCACCGCCAACUCACCGGACACCAAAUAUCCCCGAAACCCGAGUUCACUGGAAAACACGUUGCGCAGCCAACAUGGACGUUGUCCCUCCCACCUUCUGAGGACAUCCUUGCUAUCAUCCCUCGCCCUCGAGAGCCAAUUGCGUCCCUCGGCAAAGUGCUUGGGAACCGGACGACGUUGUAUAAGUACCUAAACCCGCAUCUCAGUGCCGUGGUGGCGGGCUCGUCGGUUUCUUGCUCGCUGUACUUGAUUGACUCAGCGAAAGGAACUGUGUUGUAUCAUGUCGUGCUACCUUCCACAGACGGCGCAUGCGAUAUCAAAGUCGUUCUUGCAGAGAACUGGCUUGUGUAUCAGUACUAUGACGGAGAUAUGGGCGGUGUCGACCAGGCCAAGGGCUAUCGCAUCGUGUCUGUGGAACUCUACGAAGGGUCAGGUGUCGAUGAUAAAACAAGAAGUUCCGACUUAUCCUCGCUCUCUAACAAAAGCACCGCUAUUACAACAUUUGAGGAGACGUUCGUCUUACCUCGAGCAAUCUCGACCAUAGUGUCGACUGCGACGACCCAUGGCAUCACUAUGAAAGACAUUAUAGUGGCUAGCGAAAACCAUCAAAUUCAGUCCUUCCCGCGGCGUUUCCUCGAUCCUAGACGACCGAAACGCAAGCCGACCAAUGAAGAACUUGAAGAGUGGCUGAUCCAGUAUGAUCCGAUACUGCCAGACGACCCUAAGCGCGUACUCUCGCAUACUUAUCAAGUUGUAGGCACGAAACACAUCGUGACGUCUCCUGCCCUGCUGGAGUCGACAUCAUUGGUAUUCGCGUAUGGGCAAGAUCUGUUCUUCACGCGAGUGGCACCGUCGAACACAUUCGAUGUCCUGAGCGAAGACUUCAACAAGGCUCAACUGGUCCUCACAAUCGCGGGAUUGGCUUUAGCCAUCGUGAUUGCAAAACCGAUAGUGCGCAGAAAACGCCUACGUGAGAAAUGGUAUGACCAGUAGUAGGAUCUGAUUUGGUCUUGAAUGUAUGUAUUUUAAAUUGCAUAAUCCAUGAUGGUAUUUCGG